AGAAAAUGACAAGAGACACACAAAGAAGCCUAAAUAAUGUAAAUGAGGAAUACCUUGGAGCAUUAAGAACAAAAUCAUAUGAUGAUUUCAUUACAAAAGCUCAAUUACUUGUAAAUGAACCAUCAUCUCCUAAUUCUCAAUUAUGUCACAUUAAUACUUUCUCAAAAAUCCUCCUUGAUCCAAGCCAAGAAAAAAUUACAUCAAUUCUUGAAACAACUAUUUUUCAAGCCAAAAAAUACAAUCUCAAAUCCCUUCUUACAAAUUACUUUAAUAUAAGUGCGGACGCAUCAAAAUUCUGCAGUCAAAUCCUUAAAAGCAUAAGCCAAAUUCAAUCUCACUAUGGUUUUAUCGAACAAGUCCUUGACUCGGUCGAUAAUUGUUCCAAUUUUGACCAAUUUGGUUAUCUAGUACUACUCGAGCUUCGAACUUUUAUUAUUCAUAACAACCCCUUUUCUGAAUUCAAAAAACAAGAUUUUACGCAAAUUAACGAUGAAUAUUCAUCAGUGUUACAAUGUUUGAAGUCUAAGAAAAAAAGGGUGGUUAGGAAAAUCAAAUUGAUCAAAUGUGUCAACAAGACUUCAGGGGUAUGUGUGACAGUGGCUUGUGGACUAGUUGUUGUGGCAGCAUUGGUACUAGCAGCACAUACAUUUGCAGCAAUAGUCAUGGGACCGGCGAUUUUAACCCUACCUUUAAAGCCAUUUAAGAAAAAAUUUAUGAGUUUUCCAUUCUUGAAAUGUGGAUUUUUAAGAAAAGUUGGAGAUCAACUUGACGUUGCAACGAAAGGUACUUAUAUUUUGAAUAGAGAUUUUGACAUGAUUUCUAGGCUUGUGGAUAGACUCCAUGAUGAAAUUGAUCAUAAUAAGGAAAUGAUACAAUUGUGUUUGGACAAAAGGGAAGAUAGAGUUUCAUUGGAAGUGUUGAAGGAGUUGAAGAAGAGUAAUAUUGGAUUCAAGAAACAAGUGGAGGAACUUGAAGAACAUGUUUAUUUAUGUCUUUUAACGAUUAAUCGUGCAAGAGCUUUGGUAAUUAAGGAAAUUGCAAAAUCAUGUGGGGAUAAAAGUUAAGGUAGUAGCCAAUAAAAAAGGCUUGUAUAUGAUGAUGAUAUUAUUCUUUGAUUAAAUUUGUAAAUAUGAGUUAUUCAUGUAAAUAGCUUCUUGAAUGAAAAAAAAAAGAGGAGAAAGAAGCAAAUAAUACAAAU